AUGGCAAACAAACCUGGGAGACCGGCUGUCAAACGCCGUUGCCGCCCAGAGGUCAUGGCACUUUUAGAGGAGUUCUACACGGAGAAACUUCUCGAGCACAAUUACAUCAAGGACACCCGGAAGGAGAUUCGUCACAGACAUGGCCUGUGUGCUAAAGACCCCAGGGUUUGCAAAUUUUCGAUGGUGGACGUCGGCGUGUGCCAAAUUGGCGAACAGGAGGUGGAGAUCGAACGCAACUUUGAAUUUGUGGCCAGCUAUCUGGCCACAUUUGUUGGCCCAUCAUCGUUGCCUAAGAAACUUGAAGUUGAGGACCAAUCAGAAUGUUUCAGUUUUACAUCAAGAGACUGA